AAAACACGUUAUUAAAACGUGAUAUAAUAUAAUGUUAGCAUGGAUUCUAUGUUAAUUAUCAAUCUAGCGUAAGAGAACAUACCGGCAGUUAAAUUAUGCUUAGAUGACUCAGCUGUUUGUCAUUCGUUAUCAAGAUUUAUAGACGCUCGUACGUAUUUAUUAUAAAAGAAUAAAUAUUUCAGUCUCUGUUCGAGUGUCUUUAAGGAACAUUCUUCUAGUAACUAAAUAAAAAAACACCACUGUGACCAUGAAAAAGGUUAUAAUUUUCGGCUCUACCGGGAUGACUGGCCUGUGUGCUUUAGAGCACGCUGUUAAUAAAGGCUAUGACGUAACUGUCUUCGUAAGAGACGAAGCCAAAAUUCCGGAACACCUUAAGGGAAAAGUCAAAGCCAUUGUUGGGAAUGUCACCAACUAUGAACAGGUUGAACCAUCAAUUGCUAAUCAGGAAGGAGUCGUUGUUGUACUAGGAACGAGAAAUGAUCUAAAGCCUACAACUGAAAUGUCUGAUGGAUUGAAGAACAUAAUACGUGCUAUGAAAAAAAAUAAUGUUGAACGCGUAUCUGUUUGCUUAUCUUCAUUUUUAUUCUGGGAUUUGGACAAAGUCCCGAAACAGUUUCUUGACAUAAAUGCCGACCAUCAACGUAUGUUUGACGCUAUCAAAGAAAGCGGUCUUAAAUGGAUUGCGGUUUUGCCACCACACAUUGCCGCAACACCAAAAUCAAGCUACACUGUUAAGUACAAUGAGUCUCCUGGACGUGUCAUCUCCAAGUAUGAGCUGGGAGAAUUUUUAGUUGAUAGUUUAGAAAAACCAGAACAUUUCCAAAAAGUUUGUGGUCUUUCGACUGAUCCUCAGCAGUAAUUAUCAUUCACGAUCAAAAAUUACAAGAAACAUUACAAUACAAUGCUAUAAACAUGUUAUACUUUAAAUAAAUAAAUAUAAAUACUAAUGUUAAAUAAAACAUGUAAUGUCUUCUUAUAAAAAAAUAUAUUUGUUUUAUAAAUAGA